AUGGAGGUUGGUGCAGGGUGCAGCAGUUUGUUUCAGGAAAUGCUGUCUUUCAGCGAUGUGGCCAUUGAUUUCUCUGCAGAGGAGUGUGAAUACCUGGACCCUGAUCAGUGGACUUUGUACAAGGAUGUGAUGUUGGAGAAUUUCAGCAACCUUGUGUUCCUGGGACUUGCCUCCUCUAAGCCAUACCUGGUCACAUUUCUGGAGCAAGGACGAGAACCUUCAGAUAUGAAGAGACAAGCAGCAGCUGCCAUGGAAACAGACAAAGAAUUUGGCAUAACACUUCUGUGGAACUCACAACCUAUUAGAUACCAGAAAAUUAAUUUAAGAAUGAAGCCAUAUAAGUGUGAAGAAUGUGGCAAGGCCUUCCGUAUUCCAUCAUUACUUUGUGAACACAUGAGAAUUCACACAGGAGAGAAGCCUGUCAAUUGUGACAUAUGUGGCAAAGCUUUCAGAACUUCAUCAGCAGUUUCUGUACACAAGAAAAUCCACGCAGAAGAGAAACCCUACAGUUGUGAAGUAUGUGGCAAAGCAUUCAGAAGUCCAUCUGCAUUUUCUGUACACAGGAAAAUUCAUACAGGAGAGAAAGGAUACAAGUGUGAAGUGUGUGGCAAGGCCUUCUAUAUUCCAUCACAUCUUUCUGUACACAAGAGGAUUCAUACCGAGAAACCCUACCAGUGUGAAGUGUGUGACAGAGUCUACAGUAGUUCAUCAGGGCUUUUUCAACACAAGAAGAUUCAUAUAGGACAGAAACCCUUCAAGUGUGAAAUAUGUGGCAAGGACUUCUAUUUCCCAUCACGACUUUCUCUUCACAAGAGAGUUCACACAGGAGAGAAACCCUACCAGUGUGAGCUGUGUGGCAAGGCCUUCACUUUUCCGUCAGGACUUUCUCUUCACAAGAGGAUUCAUACAUUAGAGCAACCCUACAAAUGUGAAGUAUGUGGCAAGGCCUUCUAUGUUUCAUCAUUACUUUCUCAUCAUAGGAGGAUUCAUACAGGAGAGAAACCCUUCAAUUGCAAAGUAUGUGGAAAGGCCUUCAAUUGUCCUUCACAGCUUUCUGUGCACAAGAGGAUUCAUACCGGAGAGAAACCCUACCAGUGUGAAGUGUGUGACAAAACCUUCAUUUGUCCAUCAGUACUUUCUCAACACAAGAGAAUUCACACAUGAGAGAAAUUCUACAUGUGUGAGGUAUGUGGCAAGGCCUUCAUUUUUCCACCAGGACUUUGUCUGCACAAGAGUAUUCAUACAUUAGAGAAACCCUACCAGUGUGAUGUAUGUGGCAAGGCCUUCUAUGUUUUAUCAAUACUUUCUCAACAUAGACAGAUUCAUACAGGAGAAACAUCCUACAAAUAUAAAGAAGGUAGAAAAGCCUUAAAUUGUCCAUCAGCGCUGUCUAAACACAAGAGAACUCAUUCAGGAGAGAACCCCUACAAGUGUGAAGUAUGUGGCAAAGCCUACAGGAGUUCAUCAGAAUUUUAUGCACACAAGAAUAUUCAUACAGGAAAAAUAAAGCCACAUAAGUGUGAACAAUGUGGUAAGGCCUUUCGUCUUCCAUCAUCACUUUGUGUACACAAGAGAAUUCAUACAAGAGAGAAACCCUUCAAGUGUGAAGUGUGUGGCCAAGCCUUGUACACUCCAUCAUUACUAUCUAAACACAAAAGAAAUCUUACAGGAGAGAAAUCCUACAAGUGUGAAGUAUGUGGCAAGGCCUUCAAACAUCUAUCAGUCCUGUCUGUUCACAGGAGAGAACCCUACAAGUGGAAAGUGUGUGGCAAGGCUUGCAGGAGUCCAUCAGGGCGAUCUCCACACAAGAGGAUUCAUGAAGGAGAGGAACCCGACAAGUGUGAGGUAUGUGACAAGGCCUUCAAUUUUCCAUCACGACUUUCUGUCCACAAGAGAAUCCAGUCAGCUAAGGGGGAGCAUGCUUCUCCAGCCAAGCAGGAAAGUGAGCUUCCUUCAGCUCCUCAAGCACCAGAAGCACGGGCAGGCUCGGAAAGCUGGGGCGUCCUAGGAGACUGGGCACUCACAGCACAUGGCUUUGGCGUGGUGCCCUCUCCCCUGUCAAACCCGCACCCGUGUGCAGCGGCCCAGCCUAGCUCAGCACAACACCUCCAGGUCAGCUUCUCCAGCCUCCCUGCUAAGCAGCCCAAGUCAGCUCCCUCCAUGGCGGACCCGCCACCUUUCACAGUCCCUCAGAUCUGCAGGACUGUGCUGCUGCACCCUGCACCAACCUUCAUGUCAGGGAUCCAAGAAAUGGUGUCAUUCAGUGACGUGGCCAUUGAUUUCUCUGCAGAGGAGUGUGAAUUGCUGGACCCUGAUCAGUGGACUUUGUACAGGGAUGUGAUGUUGGAGAAUUUCAGCAACCUUGUGUUCCUGGGUCUUGCCUCCUCUAAGCCACACCUGAUCACGUUUUUGGAGCAAGGACAAGGACCUUCAGACAUGAAGAGACAACCAGCAGCUGGCAUGGAAACAGGAAACAAACACUCUACUGACAAAGAAUGUGGCAAAGCACCUCUUUGGAACUCACUACCUAUUAGGCACCAGAAAAUUAAUUUUAAAAAGAAGCCAUAUAAGUGUGAAGAAUGUGGGAAGGCCUUUCAUGCUCCAUCAUUACUUUCAAAACACAAAAUUGUUCAUACAGGAGAGAAACCCUACAAGUGUGAAGUAUGCGGGAAUGCCUUCUAUUUUCCAUUACGACUUUAUCUACACAUGAGAAUUCAUAGAACAGAAAAACCCUUCAAGUGUGAAGCAUGUGGCAAGGCCUUCAAUUAUCCAUCACAACUUUCUCUACACAGUAAGAUUCAUACAGGAGAGAAACCCUACCAGUGUGAGGUAUGUGGCAAGGCCUUCCAUUUUCCAUCAAAACUUUCUCUACACAGUAAAAUCCAUACAAGAGUGAAACCCUACCAGUGUGAGGUAUGUGGAAAGGACUUCAAUCGUCAAUCACGGUUUUCUAAACACAAAAGGAUUCAUGCAGGAGAGAAACCCUAUGGGUGUGAAGUAUGUGGCAAGGGCUUCAGUCGUCAAUCACGACUUUCUGAACACAAAAGGAUUCAUACAGGAGAGAAACCCUACUAUUGUGAAGUGUGUGGCAAUGCCUUCCAUGCGCUAUCAUUACUUUCUAAACACAGAAUGGUUCAUACAGGAGAGAAGCCCUACCAGUGUGAUGUAUGUGACAAAGCCUUCAUAAAUCCAUCAUCACUAUCUGUACACAAGAGGGUUCAUACUAGCCAGAGACUCUACCUGUGUGAAGUAUGUGGCAAGGCCUUCCAUGUUCAAUCACAACUUUCUGAACACAGGAGAAUUCAUACAGGUGAGAAUCCCUACAAGUGUGAAGUGUGUGGCAAGGCCUUCAAUCGUUCAUCACGACUAUCUCUACACAAGAAGAUUCAUUCAGGAGAGAAACCUUAUAAAUGUGAACUAUGUGGCAAAGGCUACAAUACUCCAUCAGGAAUUUCUCUGCACAAGAAGAUUCAUACUGGACAGAAACCCUGCAAAUGUGAAGUAUGUACCAAGGCCUUCUAUUUCCCAUCACAACUUUCUGCACACAUGAGAAUUCAUACUGGUGAGAAUCCCCACAAGUGUGAGGUAUGUGGCAAGGCCUUCGAUCGCCCAUCACGACUUUCUCUACAUAAGAAGAUUCAUUCAGGAGAAAAACCCUUCAAGUGUAAAGUAUGUGGCAAAUCCUACAGCAGUCGAUCCGGACUUUAUUCACACAAGAGUAUUCAUUCAGGAGAGAUACCCUUCAAAAAGAAGCCAUAUAAGUGUGAAGAAUGUGGUAAGGCCUUCCAUUUUCCAUCAUUACUUUGUGUGCACAGGAGAAUUCAUACAGGAGAGAAACCCUACAACUGUGAAGUGUGUGACAAGGCCUUUCAUGCUCCGUCAUUACUUUCAAAACACAAAAGAGUUCAUACAGGACAGAAACCCUACAAGUGUGAUAUAUGUGGAAAGGCCUUCUAUUUUCCGUCACAACUUUCUGAACACAAGAGAAUUCAUACAGGAGAGAAACCCUACAAGUGUGAAGUAUGUGGCAAGGGCUUCUAUUUUCCAUCACGACUUUCUGAACACAAGAGAAUUCAUACAGGAGAGAAACCGUACAAGUGUGAAGUAUGUGGCAAGGCCUUCUAUUUUCCAUCACGACUUUCUGAACACAAGAGGAUUCAUACAGGAGAGAAACCCUAUGUGUGUGAAGUAUGUGGCAAGGCUUUCUAUGGUUCAUACCAACUUUCUGUACACAAGAGAAUUCAUACAGGAGAGAAACCCUACGUGUGUGAAGUAUGUGGCAAGGCCUUCCAAUCUCCAUCAUUACUUUCAAAACACAAAAGAGUUCAUACAGGACAGAAGCCCCACAAAUGUGAAGUGUGUGGGAAGGCCUUCUGUUUUCCAUCACAACUUUCUGAACACAAGAGAAUUCAUACAGGAGAGAAACCCUACCAGUGUGAAGUGUGUGACAAAGCCUAUAGCAGUCCAUCAGGACUUUCUGUCCACAAGAGGAUUCAUACAGGAGAAAAACCCUACAAAUGUGAAGUAUGUGGCAAAACCUUCAAAAGCCCAUCAGUAUUAUCAUCACACAAGAAAAUUCAUACAUGAGAGAAACCCUACCAGUGCCAUGUUUGCGGCAAGGGCUUCUAUGUUCCAUCACAACUUCCUGUGCACAGGGUGGUGUGGGAGGUCCUUGUGUAUUUGUGUUGCUUUCCUUGGUUGAAUAAAGAAACUGCCUUGGCCUUUUGAUAGGGCAGAGCUGAGUUCAAACUUCACUAAAAUAAUACAAAUGCCAAAAUGUUCAUGAAAUGUUUUCUACUUCUUCAGACCCUAAAAGAUAUCAAAAGAGAAAUAGUGUGGAUAGAAACCCUACAAAUAGGGUGAAUGUGAUAA